CAGAGCUUUUUUUGUUUGUUUCAUCUUUCUGGUGAUAGAAAGGGAUUCUUUCUUUUCUUGAAAAUGUGACUUGACAGAGGACAGGAUCUUUAUCUCGUUUUUUGUCCCUUUCCUAAUCAAGCCACUUCUUCCAACAGUUUUUCCCCCUUAGGAUAUGAAGAGAGCACUGAAGAAGACAUUCAUUUAUUUAGUUCCUUCACUCAAUCACCUUCCUCCCCCUUGUCGCUUUGCCUGACUGGCUGCUGAGCUGACUCUCUGCCUUGUUGGCUCACUCUCUCACUGGAGUCUCGCUGUCGGUUCACUCACACAGUGUGUGAGCUUCGCAGAGGCAGAGGUGGCCAAAGAGGGUUGCAAGAGCCAAGUCAGUCUCUAAGGGUCUGGGAAGUGGGAUCUCUGCUCCAUUUCUGUCUUUGUCUUCUUUGGUGGAAUAUCAAAUGUGAGCAGAGGAAAUCUCUGUCUUCUCCAGCACAGACCAUUGACCACUACUCUUGUGCUGCAUCCAUGACUUUGCAUACCUGGUUUGUGUAUGGGUUUGGAUUUAUCUUGGUUUCGACACUCUGCUUGGCACAAGUCCAGGGGCUGCAGUGCUAUGGCUGCAACAUCAUCCAAGGCCAGAGGUAUGUGGACGUGGGCUGCUCCAACCCUGAAGUCAUCACCUGCACCCACUCACACAAGGGCUUCAAACACCGUUUCUGCAUCAAGACAGAGAGCACGGCCCUGGGUAUCGUCCUGACCAGCGGCUGUGCUACUUCCAGACACUGCCAGCAACAGGAGCUGCCAGGGGUGCGGAUCCACUGCUGUCAUUCUGACCUGUGUAACAGCACCCCCCUCUGGCAUUCAAGCACAGUCCACUACGUCUGUGCGCUGUUCAGUCUCCUGCUGAGGUUGUGGCUGUGAUCUGAAAUCGGUCUCUGGAUAAACAUCAGUGGACUCCUCUCUCUGCUGCUCAUGUUAGUGGCAGAAUAAACAUGGUACUCAGUAUGGUGUUACUGGUAAGCACCUGGGAAAAGGUUUUGCCUCACUGUUGGUUCGGACCAACAAUCACACUGAAGGCAAAACAACAUGAUGAACAUGUUUGAGAAACAAAAAUACGCCACAUACCACAGUCACCAGUAAUCUAUUAUGUAUAUUCACUCAUUCCAUAAAAAUAGCUUGUCUAUGGGAAUAUAUUCAAAGAUGUGUGUUCAAGUAACACUGUCAGUUCAGUUGAAACACCUUGUAAAAGGCGAUGUUUCUUAGAUACAUUGGUGCAGGAAGACAUGCAUCACUUUUCUGUGUUAAAGAAUUUGCUAUCUUUUUCAAGGUCAAAUUUGUGUCUAUUAUGUUCUCCUAACAUCACAUGCUACUUACUUUUUAAAACAAAGUAUAACUGUUUUUUAAUUGUCUUGUGCAGUUCUUACUGGCCAUACUUGAAAACACACCGCAUGUAACUCUCCUAUAAAAUAUUGUUCAGUGGCAGCAUGUAGUGUUGUGAU